AUGGGUCUACCAGAAAAAAUUGAAACGCGUCUUUUCAUCAAUGGAGAAUUCGUUGAAUCAUCGAACGGAAAAACCUUUGACAUUAUUAACCCUGCCACGUUGAAACUCGUAGCAAAAGUACACGAAGCAUCUGAGCAAGACACCGACAAUGCCGUAGCCGCAGCAAAAGCGGCUUUUCCUGCUUGGUCUGAAUUAACUCCAGACAAGAGAGGCCAGUAUAUGAAGAAGUUAGCAAGUCUUAUCCGAGAGAACAACGAUGAAUUAGCUGCUCUAGAAGCAAGCUCGAUGGGCCGUCCGGUAGGCGAGUUCCUUGAUGCUUAUGCGUCUGCGACAAAGUGGGAUCGUUACGCAGAAGCUGGGUAUAGUGUGCAAGGUACUACAGGCGUUCAGACCCCAGGAUUUGUCAACAUGACGUUUCGUCAGCCCUACGGUGUUGUAGCUGGUAUCAUCCCAUGGAAUGUGCCACUGUUAUUCUUGGCAAACAAGUUAGCACCAGCCCUCAUCGUCGGAAACACGGUUGUUUUGAAGAGUUCUGAAAAGGCUCCGUUGACGUCUGCUAAACUCGCAACUUUGGUACAACAAGCUGGCUUCCCGCCAGGUGUAAUCAACAUCAUCACCGGUUUCGGAAAUGUUAGCGGUUCAAUCUUGAGCCACCAUAUGGAUGUGAGGGGUUUGUCAUUUACAGGCUCAAGUCGUACAGGACGUCUGAUUCAGGCUGCUGCCGCGAAAUCCAAUCUAAAGCAGGUGUUUCUCGAGCUCGGAGGCAAGUCGCCUGCAGUCAUCUUCGAAGACGCCGAUCUGGAAAAGGCUGUGAAGGAAACAGCGCAUAGUAUUCAGUGGAACAGCGGUCAGGUCUGCAUGGCCAACUCGCGCAUAUACGUCCAAGAUACAAUUGCCGACAAGUACAUCGAGCUCUUCAAGCAGAACUUCGAAAAUGAGGUCAAGAUGGGUGAUACGCUCGAGCAGGGCGUCAACCACGGCCCACAAGCUGACGAGAUGCAACAUAAGACUGUGUUGCAGUAUUUGGAAUCGGGAAAGCAAUCUGGCGGCGAACUCAUCACUGGCGGCGGCGCUCCAUCGGAUCGUGAAGGCUACUACAUCCAGCCUACUAUCUUCAAAAACACUCCGGAAGACGCAAAGAUCAUGAAAGAAGAAAUCUUUGGUCCGGUUGUCAGCAUCAACGUCUUCGAAUCCGAAGACGAAGUGCUUGCCAAAGCUAACGCGACAGAGUACGGACUGUAUGCAUCGGUGUACACUAAGAACAUCGAUCGUGCAAUGCGCUUCGCAAAAGGCUUAGAAGCUGGUACGGUUGGCGUCAAUUGUACCUCGCCAGGUAGGCAAUAUCCAUUCGACUCAACUGUACGCGGCGCAUACGCUGACAUGACGAUUCAACAUCUAGUCACUGGCGCGGACAUGCCUUUCGGUGGAUAUAAAUCAUCAGGAUCUGGACGUGAGGAAGAAGAAUACCAAUGUUCGAUGCGCAUCCUCGAACAUUUCUUCCCUGGGCAUGAGCUUAACCUGCAAUCUCUUCGAACUAUCGCCAAAGCGAUCAAGGAAGGCACUUUCAACGCAGAACCCGUCCAGCAUACUGAAGGCCUCUUCAGUAGUGAUCAGGCAUCGCCUGAAGACGCAGAGAGCGUUGAUGAUGGCGAAGAACAAGACGUGAACGAACUACAUGAGCCAUUGGGCUGUAUGAUGAAAGAUUCACGAGGAAAGUUUCGAUACGUUGGCGCCCACAGUGAAAUCCCCUUCAACGCCGCUGUGGCCACAUUGGGUAUGCAAAGAAAGGAUCCUUCCAUUAUUCCAGGGCCCAAAGUAGGGUCGUAUCCGCCUACUCUACCAGUUGCCUCACCUUCUACAGACCCCGGCAUAGAGGAAAGCUACUAUCUCCCUGGCCGAGAGCUGUGCGAUAUCUACAUUUCCCGAUUUCUAGAGGAUGUUCAUUCCACGCACUGGUUAUAUCCAGUCGAGAGUCUGCUGCGACGAGUGGAUAGCACGUACUCAGAGUCAGCACCGCGCUCGUCAAGCUCCUGGAUGUGCUGUCUUUACACGAUGUUCGCUAUUGGUGCAGCUAACUAUGUAGGUACCAACGGCAACUCUCCGCCACCGGAUUGGCCAGCUGCAUUGGACCUGAAGACCUCGGAGGAUUAUAUCACACUCGCAAAGCAACUUAUUCCCGCAGUCUACGAUGAGGCCGACAUCGAUAGUAUACGUGCGAUGGCCAUGAUGAGUAUCGCUAUGGAGAACCUUUGUUCCAGAGUUAGUGCCUACCUUUACAUGGGUGCUAGCGUUCAGAUGGCGUUCUCUCUAGGUUUACAUCGUGACCAGCUGGCCGAGUCUGGCAACGCAAUGGAGCGAGAACAGAAUCGCAGGAUUUGGUGGACGUUGUUCCAGCUUGAUCAGGAUAUAUCCUCGCGAGGCGGUAGUCCAACGGUCGUUGAUGAGCGGUUCACCAAAGUCACCACGCCCAUGCCUUCUGAGCAGAUAUUAUAUCCAGGGCUUCAUACCCCACUAUCGUGGAUGGCGACAUCGGUGUCUCUUUGCCGUUUGAAGCGCGAGAUCAUACAGUCAGUCUACAUGGAACGAUCGGUAAACUCUAUAUCGUUCUCAACCGUAUCCAAUUCCCUUCUCCUGCUGCAAAAGUGGUAUCGCCAGAUGCCGCCGCAUCUCAAGCAUGAUGUACCCUCACCUCCAACGCACAGACGCGCGGUCGCAGUCUUACACCUUCAUUACUGGAGUACCACAAUACUGCUCACACGGCCAUUUCUUCUAUACCUCGUUAUCAAGCACGGAACGCUAGCUUCGAGCAAGAGAAUCUGGUUCGAGCGCAUGGGCAAGAUGUGUAUCGAUGCAGCACAAAAGAGCACUGCGAUACUGGAGCAAAUGGCAAUUGACGGCACACUAUCGAGCUUGACGGCAUUUGACAGCACAUGCAUUCUACGAGUCAUCAUGAUUUUUAUCCUCGCUUACGCACACACAAGAACACCUCGAUAUAGCGCGCAUAUUGAGAAGCUUGUCGAGCUUUCACGUGGUAUGGAGCAGAUUGGUUUCACCAAGAUGGUGGCCGAGGAGACGCCAAUACGUCUUGCCGAUCUGGGUAUUACAGGACAAGGCCAACAGAGCAAUGGUAACGGAGAUUCGGGGCCAGUACAUCUCGAUGACCAGAUGAUUGCCCAGCUAUGGGGUAACUGGGACCCCAACUUUAUGACUCCACUACAAACACAGCAGAGUCUUGAUCUGACAUUCGAUGAUUCUGGCGCUUACGAUAUUAACUCGGAGUUACUGGCUUUCACAAAUCUAGAUGACUCGAUUAUCAUUGAUCCGUCACAUGCAUACUCGCACUAUGGCAUGCAUUGA